UUGUCCAGUGUAGCCAUAAGUCAUAUCCGUGCGACGAGCGCGCUCACCGUUGAGUUCACGGAGGAUUGAACAUCUGAACCACAAACAUGGCUCGAAACGCAGAAAAGGCCAUGACGGCUCUGGCCAGGUUUCGUCAGGCGCAGCUGGAAGAGGGAAAAGUGAAGGAGAGAAGACCUUUCCUGGCGUCGGAGUGUAAUGAGUUGCCCAAAGCCGAGAAGUGGAGGAGACAGAUCAUCAGUGAGAUUUCCAAGAAGGUUGCACAGAUUCAGAACGCCGGUCUGGGCGAGUUUAAGAUCCGCGACCUCAACGAUGAGAUCAACAAACUGCUGCGAGAGAAAGGCCACUGGGAAGUGCGGAUCAAGGAGCUCGGCGGACCGGACUACCGGAGAGUGGGGCCGAGGAUGCUGGAUCACGAGGGUAAAGAGGUUCCGGGAAACAGAGGGUACAAGUAUUUCGGCGCCGCUAAAGACUUGCCUGGAGUCCGAGAGCUGUUCGAGAGCGAGCCCGUUCCGCCGCCCAGGAAAACCCGUGCGGAGCUGAUGAAGGACAUCGACGCCGAGUAUUAUGGGUAUAGAGAUGAAGACGAUGGUGUGUUAGUCCCGCUGGAACAGGAGUAUGAGAAGCAAGUGAUCGCCGAGGCGGUGGAGAAGUGGAAGGCAGAGAGAGAGUCUCGACUGUCAGCAGGAGGAGUGAAGGACACAGAGGAGGAGGAGGAGGAACACAUCUACGCCGUCAGAGAUGAAGAGCAAUCCGACGACGAGGCGGGAGAGCCGAUGGAGGGAGAGGAUGCGCAGUCGUUCUUCGCUCAUGUCCCGGUUCCCUCGCAGAAGGAGAUCGAGGAAGCCCUGGUGAGGCGGAAGAAGAUGGAGCUUCUGCAGAAAUACGCCAGCGAGAGUCUGAUGGCCCAGAGUGAAGAAGCCAAGACCCUGCUGGGGUUAUAGUGGACCUGAUGAUGAUGAUGAUGAGUUCACUUCAGAACUAACAUCUCCGGAUAAUGUGCUCUCUCCACGUCAUCCAAGAUGAUCAUGUCUUUCUUUCUUCAGUGGAAAAGAAAUGAAGGUUUUUGAGGAAAUCACUCCAGGAUUUUUCUAUGUAUAGUGACUUCAAUGGGGUCCAACCGGUCAAGUCCAGAUGUGAGUUUCAGUGCAUAACGUAAUGUGUGUCGCAUCACAGCUAGUGCAAGACGAUCUAAAUAAGACUCUUAUUCCUCGGCUGGGAUCGUGUCGAGACUUUGAAGCUGCACUGAAGCUCACGUCUGGACCUUCGACCCAUUGGACCCCAUUGAAGUCACUAAAAUGAGAAACAUCCUGGAGCGUUUUUCCUCAAAAACCUUCAUUUCUUUCCCACUGAAGAAAGAAAGACAUGAACAUCUUGGAUGACGUGGAGAGAGUACAUUAUCAGGAAUUGUUUAAUCACACCUGCUUCACAUUAAACCGAUGUGUUCGAAGAACCUUAUCAAUGUGAAAUGUGCUUGACUUGACAUGGUCAGUAUGAAGCUUAUGAUCUGAAUCAUUUAGGAAUUUAAUUAUUAAUCUGUUAGUUUCAUCUGGACCAUACUUUAGACGCUGUCGUCGUUACACAGUAAUCAUGUCAAAGGGUGUUUUACUCCAGGGCUUUUCUUCCAACUUCUUCAUUCAUUCAUCAUCUGUUCAACAUGUUAAAGAACAAAAGUAAAAAGAUCUCUGUAAAUAUUUUGUAUACUGUUCACUUUGCCUACUUGGAGAAGUAAACUUUUUUUUUUUACUAUGAA